UGUUUAAUGACGUCAAAAGGUUUAAGUAAUGAGAAGCACUGACUCAGAAUGAUGACACAUUGAAACUUUGAAUGAAGCAGCAUUUCAUGCUGCAGCUGAAAUGCGGAAAUGAGUAGGUGUAACAAAGCAAGACAAAAACAAAAGAAAACACGCCCAAACUGGAAAGACUGGGAAAAUUACACGGUUGGUAUUUGUAAUUAUCACAUUUGGGCACCGCAGAAGAAAGGUCUAGCAGCUUUGCUAAUCGGGAAAAAAGUUCUUUUAUUUUUAAGAUAACUGAAAAAACUUUGUAACACAAGUAGCAACAUAAAUGUGAUUUAAUUUAGUGUGGUAAUUCAGGAUUCAAGAAGUUUAUUGUCAUAUACACUGCAAAACACAAAUGGUUACGCUGAGCAAUGAAAUUCUUACUUUGCGAGUUCCCUUCACACAACUAAAUAAACAACUAACUAAAGAAUAAACUUAACUUUAACCAUAAAAAGAAUAAAGUGGGUGCUAUGUACACAAGAGUAGGGUGUAAUUAAAAUUUUAAAGGGCAAGUAGUUAUGCAGCACUGUCACAGUUAUUAAUAUAUUCCAAAUGUGAUAAUUGCUUGUAUUGCAUGAAGUUGUAUUAGAUUGUAUAUAAAUGUUCAAUGUUGCAAAUGUACAGGUCAGGUUAUUCAACAAUAGUCAAUAGAUAACAAUUAGUCAGUGAUUCAUUAUGUCAAGGUCCGACGGUCCUCACCAGUCGGCCUACCCGUGAUAUAGUGUUCUCUCUCCCUCUCGUUUCUCUCUAUAUAUGUUUGUUUACGUCCGUUGGGGGCGCACGCUCCUGGGAGUGUCCCCGGGCUGAAGCCUUUGCACCUGCUGCUGAUCUUCCGCCAUCUUAGCCAGACUAUUUAACAGAGUGAUCGAUCUUCAGUCAGCACUGGAGUAUUAGCAAAGAAGACUCCCCACUCAACAUUCAUUGUACAUAGAUCUGGGCCCUGUUUCAGAAAGCCGGUUUAGUGCAAACUCUGAGUAAGUAUACCCUGAGUUAACGAAAACUCUGGGUUUUCGGUUUCACAAAGCGAGUUUAGAUUAAUUCUGAGUGAGUUACUAUGACGACACACUCCGUGAAGCUAACCUGCCCCCUAGCAGGUUUACUUCAACUAACCCUGACUGUCUCCGCCUCUUUGUCGGAAAUCUGACUGUAGGAAGUGUCAGACAUGGCGUGCCCCUUCCUUGAAGAGCCAGUAGAUGUUGAAGCCCAAAUUCUCCGCAGAGCUCUCCGCCGGGAGAGAGUGAUUAGAGCGCGUUUGGACAUUUUAUCAUUUCCUGAUGAUUUUCUGUGUGAACGUUACCGUUUUUCAGCACAAUCUAUAAUUUAUUUGAAUAACAUCCUCAGGCCUUAUAUUGCUCAUGUGACACAUCGCGGACAUUCUCUCAGUUCUGUACAUAUUAUUUGUAUUGCACUUCGUUUUUUUGCAAACGGGAGCUUUCUGUAUAAUAUUGGUGACGCUGAGCACGUUUCCAAGGCUACCGUCUGUCGGGCAGUCAGGAAUGUUACAGUUGCACUGAAACGUCUCCUGUACUCGUUUGUGGUGUUCCCCGGUCAUAGACCCACAAGAUUUAUCAAAGAGGGAUUCCACAAAAUUGCAGGGUUCCCAGGCGUGAUUGGCUGUAUAGAUGGCACUCACAUUCCAAUCAUUGCCCCUUCAGUAAAUGAAGGAGACUAUGUGAACAGGAAGUCUUUCCACAGCAUUAAUGUACAGAUCAUAUGUGAUGCUGCCAACAUUAUCACAAAUGUGGAAGCCAAGUGGCCAGGCUCUGUUCAUGACUCACGAAUUUUUCGUGAAUGUACACUGAGCACAAAAUUUGGACAUGGAGAGUUCACUGGCUACUUGCUUGGUGAUAGGGGGUAUCCAUGUUUACCCUAUUUGCUUACCCCUUACCCUGACCCUGAACCGGGCCCACAGCAGCGAUAUAAUCUGGCUCAUUGCAGGACAAGAGCCAGAGUUGAAAUGACUAUCGGAAUGCUUAAGGCCCGGUUCCAGUGCCUUCAAAGACUCAGGGUCACCCCAGAAAGGGCAUGUGACAUUAUUGUGGCAUGUGUGAUUCUUCACAACAUUGCCACAAUUAGAGGAGAACACUGUCCUUCUGAACCAAACAUCAGCAGUGAUCCAAACCAUGAACAUCCUGACCCUCCUACGGACAUACAAGAUGGAAGAGCAGUCAGAGACACCAUAUGUCACAAUCAUUUCCUUUGACCCAUCACCUCAACAUGUUGAAAGAAGAAUAAACAGAUUUUUUGUUCAACUGGC